AUGGCACAAAUGGAGGCACUGCUGCUGCUGCUGAUCAGCCUGCUACAGCUGGAGGCGAUUGCGGGCAGCGAUCUAAGGCAGGACAGUCUGGAGGAGCUGCAGCAUUUCAAGCAGUGCGUGCGCGGCUCAAAGCGCGCCCAGCUAAGCGAGUGCUUGGGGCGUUCCGCUUUGAAUUUUAUACAGCGAUUUGAGGAGCGCGAAAAUGUGACUUUUGCGGCUGACUUUGUGGCCGUAAAGCGGGAGACGGCGGCGAGUCGAUCGCUGGUAAAUGUGCUCGACACAGAUCCGGUUGAUUUUCGUGGCAUACUGGAGAACGCGGGCGCCGUGAUGGGGCAGCGCAGCCUGGAGUGGCACAUGGACGCCAUUUAUCCCGGGCUGAUGUUCAAAAUUGGACCUACAGCCGAUGCGAACAGCGUGGCGGAGUUUGUGCUCGACACUGGACACGAUGAGCGACAGUUUGGUUUCGAGGAUGCCAGCACGGGUCGCCUUCUGGCCAAGCAGUAUCUGGUGCCCUUUUUGCUGGGCCUCAAGUUCAAUUUGGUGGCGUUGGUGCCGCUGCUCUUUGCUGGCAUUUGCCUGCUGCUCAAGAAGUCGCUGUUCCUGGCCAAGCUGGCUAUUUAUGUGAGCAGCUUUUUGGGGCUGGGCGGCAUCCUGGGCACGCUGGGCGGCGGCUUGGGCGGCGGCUUCGGAGGCGGCCCCAACUUUGGGUAUGCCGGCGGCUUUGGCGCUGCCCGGCCCAUUGGCCAUUUUCCAGGCAAGACCACAGUGUUCGGCCAUGGCGACGAGCUACAUCAUCAGUACAAUGUGCACGAGCCGCAGCCUUACAAGCGCAGCGAUCGCAAAGUGCGCUUCGAGCAGCCGCGGGAGACAGCAGCCGCAGCCGCAGCCAAUACCAAGCCAACCCCCGAGGAUCGCUUUUAUGAGUACGAGAAGCAGCGCAGACCAGGCAAUCCACUGGAGGACAGCAUUGGCUCAGCGGAUGCGCUGGUGCGCAAUCUCCAUAGCAGCUCCAACAGCCACAUGAAUGGUUGGCAGGCGUGGCAAUGCCUGGGCGCCCAGGCCGAGCGCCUGCUAGAUGCAGCUUGCCAGGACAACAGCAGCUGGCAGCUGAGCGAAUACCUCAGUAUAGAGCCACAGCAGCGGAGCCAGCCUCAGCAGGAACUGCAGACAGGCAGAGCAGAAACACCAGGAUUAGCUGGCAAGCUGCUUCAGUUAGCCGCAGGACGAGCGCUGCGUGUGCGACUGCCGCGGCAGCUGACCAUAUCGAAUGCCAUCGAUGAGUUCGGCAACGAGCUGGGCUUGGAUCAAGGUCGCAAGAAGAAGGACAAAGAUAAGAACAUGGCCAUGAUGGGCGGCAUGAUAAUGCUCGCGACUUUCGCACAAAUGUUUCUCGGCAAGGUCAUACUCAUCGCAGGCGGAGCCUUCAUAAUGGCCAAAAUAGCGCUGGCCAUAUCGCUGCUGGGCAGUCUAAAAAAGGGCUCGAGUGGCCACAGUGGUAGUCCGGAGCACGUGAUCGUCGCCAGCGGGGGGCACAGUCAUGAGAGCGGCUGGCAUCGGAGCAUGCCCACGCAUGAUUACAGCGGCGUGCAUCUGGAGACGGUCAAAGAGGAGUCGCAUCCCGGUCACGAGCAGGCCUACUAUGCCUACGAGAUGGAGCAUCCCAGUCGCCGGCAUUUGGCAGUCAAUAAGGAGGCGGAGCCCACCAGACGGCCUGGUUUUCUCUAG